AAUCCUCUUCAAAGUAGCACAACAGAAGAACCUUGAGGGGUAUGUGGGAUUUGCAAACCUCCCCAACCAAGUGUACAGAAAGUCUGUGAAGAGGGGCUUCGAGUUCACUCUCAUGGUCGUCGGGGAAUCAGGUUUGGGAAAGUCAACACUCAUCAACUCCCUGUUCCUGACAGACUUGUAUUCUCCAGAGUAUCCUGGGCCUUCUCACAGAAUCAAGAAGACUGUUCAGGUUGAGCAGUCCAAGGUGCUGAUAAAGGAGGGCGGAGUUCAGCUGUUACUUACCAUCGUGGACACACCAGGGUUUGGAGAUGCUGUGGAUAACAGUAACUGCUGGCAGCCUGUCACCGAUCACAUAGACAGCAAGUUUGAGGAUUACCUCAACGCAGAGUCACGUGUCAACAGACGCCAGAUGCCCGACAGCAGAGUACACUGCUGUCUCUACUUCAUCGCCCCCUCUGGACAUGGACUCAAACCAUUGGAUAUUGAGUUCAUGAAACGGUUACAUGAAAAAGUGAACAUCAUCCCGCUCAUCGCUAAAGCAGACACACUGACUCCAGAGGAGUGCCAACAGUUUAAGAAGCAGAUUAUGAGAGAGAUUCAGGAACACAAGAUUAAAAUCUAUGAGUUCCCAGAGACAGACGACGAGGAGGAGAACAAACUAGUGAAAAAGAUUAAGGAUCGUUUGCCUCUGGCUGUGGUCGGCAGUAACACCAUCAUCGAGGUCAACGGGAAGCGGGUUCGAGGAAGGCAGUACCCCUGGGGCGUGGCAGAAGUGGAGAACGGGGAGCACUGUGACUUCACAAUCCUUCGAAACAUGCUCAUCAGAACUCACAUGCAGGACCUGAAGGACGUGACUAACAAUGUCCAUUAUGAGAACUACCGGAGUAGAAAGCUUGCCGCUGUCACUUACAAUGGUGUAGACAACAACAAGAACAAAGGGCAACUCACAAAAUUUGACACAGGUGAAGGCAUGAGCCCCCUUGCACAGAUGGAGGAAGAGAGGCGGGAGCAUGUGACUAAGAUGAAGAAGAUGGAAAUGGAGAUGGAGCAGGUGUUUGAGAUGAAAGUCAAAGAGAAGAUCCAGAAACUCAGAGACUCUGAAGCAGAGCUACAGCGACGUCAUGAGCAGAUGAAGAAGAAUCUGGAGGCCCAGCACAAGGAGCUAGAGGAAAAGAGACGUCAGCUUGAGGAGGAGAAGGUCAACUGGGAGACCCAUCAACGCCUGCUGGAGCAGCAAAAACUGGAUGCUUCCAGAACCUUGGAAAAGAACAAAAAGAAAAAGAUAUUUUAAACCACUAGGUCCAUCAACACCAUCUAGUUGCCAAUAAUACCAGCCUGGACCCUCCGUUGACCAAAACAAGUUACUUUAUGUACGUACGGCCCCAUGUUUUUGUUUUGUUUAUUCCUGUUGGCGUGUGUGAGGACAGCUCUGAGGACCAGAACACCUCCGGACACCCCACUGACCUAGAAACGGUUAACCUCAUAUGCCAACUAUUCUCCACAUCUAAAAGCAUCAGGCAUACAUUAGGCUGGACUGCACAGGACCUGAGCGCUCUGGAACUCCCAUAACCUUCAUUCAAACGCACAAAGAACUGCCAGAAAUAUGCAGUGUUGUUUGAAAAAAUAACCACUUUAAAAGUAUAUGGCAACUCUUAAUUCCACUUAUUUGCUUAAUGUUUUUAGAUCCAGAGCUCAGUUCCUCUCCAACUGUAUAUUGAUUGACAGCGUCAAUACAAACUAAAGGCUGAAUCUUACCUCAGGCAUUUCUGUCAUCAUACAACAUUUAAUGGCUUCUUUUGCCCUUUCCAGAAAUGUUAAGCUCUUCCAAUUUUGUGUAAUUUAAAUUAUUUAGCCUUAGCCAUUCAACGUUUCACCAUGUUUGUUACAGUUUCAUCAUGUUUGUUUUUGGUUUUGCAUAUAUUGGUGCAGCUCUGUGUUAGUUUGAGGCAUCAUUCUUAAGUGGCAGUACAGUCAUUUACAGACUCUUUAUGAAGAUCACAUGAUAUGCUCUUUAAUCCUCCUUUUUAAUGAAGCACUGUUCUGUUGCGAUUAUACCAUGAUGAUGUGAAUGAGUGUAUCCUAAAGUAAAAGACUGUCAUGUUGGAGGAUAUGAGAAAUUAUGAGGCUUAAAGUGAUUUGUUAAUGUCUUAUGACCACUGGGUGUGUUUUCUGUUUUUUCCCCUCAUGUUAAUUGACAUAGUGAGCUUGCCAGUCAUGGCCAGUUGUUGUUUUUUUCUCUACGCAGGCACUGAGUUCCCACCCAGUGCUGCCCCUCCCCAAUAGCACAGUUAGCUUUCUGUCAUGUAUUUCUUUUUUAUAUAAUUCUUCUCUCUUUUUGUUUUGUUUUUUCCAUUUUUAUUUCUAAGUCACAUAAUAAAUUUGUGAUGAUGCCGAUUAAAUUGCAUGUGUUUGUUUGGAUAAACAAGUUUGUCAUUGAUGGAAAAAAAUAAUUAAAAAUAUUGUUCAUAGCUACAGUGGAAAUCUAAGUAAAACAUACAACAAAUGCCUUUUUAAUACAAUCUGAUGAGGAAAAUGUUUAAAACUGAUAAUUCAACAACAUGCCAAAGAUGCUGUCUAUAAAGCUUGCUGUUUUGAAUUUGGAAUAAAGCCCUGGAUACAAAGGCUGUCUGAAAUAGCUUACUACUACUAUACAGCACUUUCUCUUGUGUACUGCAGAGUAUGUUUG